UCUAGUAUGUCGUCGGAGAUGGAGGUCGAGAAGCCGGAGUUGAUGUUGUACAACACGAUGACUCAACAGAAGGAAGUUCUGAAGCCCAUCAACCCGGGCAAGAUCCGAAUGUAUGUCUGCGGGAUUACAGCCUACGAUUUCAGUCAUAUGGGCCACGCUCGUGCUGGCGUCUGCUUUGACGUCCUCUACAGAUACUUGAGGCACUUGGGUUAUGAAGUUACUUAUGUCCGGAAUUUUACAGAUGUUGAUGACUAAGGUAAUCGACAGAGCUAACGAGUGUGGGGUGAGACCGUUAGAUCUCAGUAGUCGCUUUUGCAAUGAGUAUCUUGUAGAUAUGACUUCUCUUCAGUGCCUCCUUCCCACCCACCAGCCUCGUGUCAGUGACCAUAUGGAGCACAUCAUCAAGAUGAUUGAAACGAUCAUUGCCAAAGAUUGUGGGUAUGAAGUGAAUGGUGACGUGUUCUUCUCUGUCGAUAAGUCACCAAAUUACGGUCAACUCUCUGGGCAACUGCUUGAUCAUACUCGAGCUGGUGAGCGUGUUGCCAUUGAUCCUAGGAAGCGCAAUCCUGCUGACUUUGCACUAUGGAAGGCUGCAAAACCCGAUGAACCAAGCUGGGAGAGCCCUUGGGGUCCAGGGAGACCUGGAUGGCACAUCGAGUGCAGCGCAAUGAGCGCCCUUUAUCUCUCUCCGAGGUUUGACAUCCAUGGCGGUGGCUCAGAUCUUAUAUUCCCGCACCAUGAAAACGAGAUCGCCCAGACCUGUGCUGCCUGUGAAGAUAGUGGCGUGACUUACUGGUUGCACAACGGCCAUGUCACUAACAACAAAGUGAAGAUGGGAAAGUCACUAAAAAACUUCGUUCCAAUUAGAGAAGUCACAGCCAAGUAUCAUCCACUGGCUCUGAGGCACUUCUUGAUGAGUGCACAGUACCGGUCUCCGCUGAACUAUUCGGUGUUGCAGCUUGAGACUUCGUCGGAUGCUUUAUACUACGUUUAUCAGACGUUAGAAGAUCUUGUUGAAGCACUCUCGCCAUAUCGAGAAGCAAUAUGUGAAGAUGGCGGAAAGGCUGAACAGACUGCAGAAGCCAAAAAGAUUGUGAGGGACGUGAAAAGUGAGUUUGAAUCAAAACUGUCAGAUGACCUUAACACUUCCCAUGUACUCGCGGGUGCUUUUCAAGACGCGAUGAAAUUCAUCAACGUGUCCAUCACAAAGCUCAAGAAAAUGCAGAAGAAGCCGAGAAUGUCGCUAGUGGUGUCACUGGUCGAGGUUGAGAAAGCAGUGAGGGAAAUUCUUGAUGUGCUUGGUCUGCUCACUAGUCUCACCUACGGCGAUUUUUUGAAAGAGAUGAAGCAAAAGGCAUUAGCAAGAGCAGAAUUAGCUGAAGAAGAAGUCUUGCAGAUGAUUGAGACAAGGAGAGUGGCCCGGAUGAAUAAAGAUUUUGAGCAAAGCGAUGACAUUAGAAAAACUUUGGCCCUUCAAGGAAUCUCCCUCAUGGAUGUUCCUGGAAGAACCACUGUGUGGAGGCCCUGCCUCCCUUUUGCUUCUCAGCCUAAAUCUGGCGCAACGCAGCAGGCAAGACCUCCUUGAUUGUCACUCUUUGAACUCUUUGUUUGUUUUGAUUGUGUUAAACUUAUGUCACCACUCCUUUGUAUCUCAACAUUGUUGUUGUAUUCUUAAUUUAUUAUCAGAGAAGAAAAAAAAGUUUGAGCAUGUUCAUUUGCUCUAU